CAUUUGCUUUCUUCCUCCAAGCUUCAGUGCGGCUUCUCUCAUCUGUUCCCUUCUCGCUCCCAGUCUCUCAUCUCAGCUUGCGAUUAACGCUAACGCGACAAGCAUUUCUGGUCCUCCUUGCUUCGCCCAUCGAUUCGCUCUAGUAUUUUCUUUCUCAGUAUAGAAAGAAAGGGGAGGAAAGAUGGCAGAUAGGUUGACCCGAAUUGCAAUUGUUAGUUCUGAUAGAUGCAAGCCUAAGAAGUGCCGUCAAGAAUGCAAAAAGAGCUGUCCUGUUGUCAAAACUGGGAAAUUGUGUAUUGAGGUCACUCCUGCUUCUAAGAUAGCUUUCAUCUCUGAGGAGCUGUGCAUUGGAUGUGGUAUUUGUGUUAAGAAAUGCCCAUUUGAAGCAAUCCAGAUCAUCAACUUGCCAAAGGAUUUGGAUAAAGACACAACCCACCGUUAUGGCCCCAAUACCUUUAAAUUGCACAGGUUACCUGUCCCUAGACCUGGGCAAGUUCUUGGCUUAGUUGGAACAAAUGGCAUUGGGAAGUCUACUGCGCUGAAAGUUUUGGCUGGCAAACUAAAACCAAAUUUGGGUCGUUUCAAUAAUCCUCCAGAUUGGCAGGAAAUUUUGACCUACUUUAGAGGAUCUGAAUUGCAGAACUAUUUUACCCGUAUACUGGAAGAUAAUUUGAAGGCAAUCAUAAAGCCUCAGUAUGUUGAUCACAUUCCAAAGGCAGUCCAAGGCAAUGUGGGGCAGGUUCUCGACCAAAAAGAUGAGAGAGAGAUGAAAGCAGAUCUUUGUCGCGAUCUUGAGCUGAACCAAGUUAUAGAUCGUAAUGUGGGGGAUUUGUCAGGCGGAGAGCUUCAGCGAUUUGCUAUUGCGGUUGUUGCCAUACAGAAUGCAGAGAUAUACAUGUUUGAUGAACCUUCAAGUUACCUUGAUGUAAAACAGAGGCUUAAAGCAGCUGAAGUUAUCAGAUCUUUGCUCAGGCCUAAUAGCUAUGUGAUUGUGGUGGAGCAUGACCUUAGUGUCCUGGAUUAUUUGUCGGACUUCAUUUGUUGCUUGUACGGCAAACCAGGUGCAUAUGGAGUUGUGACCCUUCCCUUCUCUGUUAGGGAAGGAAUAAAUAUAUUUUUGGCUGGAUUUGUUCCUACAGAAAACCUCCGAUUCCGGGAUGUGUCUUUAACCUUUAAGGUUGCUGAGACUCCACAAGAGAGCGCUGAGGAGAUUGAAACAUAUGCAAGAUACAAAUAUCCAACCAUGACUAAAAUUCAGGGAAACUUUAAGCUUCGCGUGAUUGAAGGUGAAUUUACAGAUUCUCAGAUAAUUGUUAUGUUGGGUGAGAAUGGGACAGGGAAGACGACAUUCAUACGUAUGCUGGCUGGUUUAUUGAAACCUGAUAUUAUAGAAGGUUCUGAUGCGGAGAUACCUGAGUUCAAUGUCUCUUACAAGCCCCAAAAGAUCAGUCCUAAGUUCCAAUCUACUGUUAGACACUUGCUACAUCAAAAAAUUCGUGAUUCAUAUACACAUCCUCAGUUUGUGUCAGAUGUCAUGAAACCGCUUCUUAUAGAGCAACUGAUGGAUCAAGAAGUAGUGAAUCUAUCUGGUGGGGAGUUGCAAAGAGUUGCUUUGUGUCUCUGCCUUGGAAAGCCUGCGGACAUUUAUCUAAUAGAUGAGCCCAGUGCUUAUCUGGAUUCUGAACAGCGUAUUGUUGCUUCAAAAGUCAUAAAGAGGUUUAUCCUUCAUGCAAAGAAAACUGCGUUCGUUGUAGAGCAUGAUUUUAUAAUGGCAACCUAUCUUGCUGAUAGGGUUGUUGUGUAUGAGGGGCAGCCAUCUGUGGACUGUACAGCUAAUUCUCCGCAGUCAUUGUUGACUGGAAUGAAUCUCUUCUUAUCUCACCUGGAUAUUACAUUUAGGCGGGACCCAACUAAUUACCGACCAAGAAUCAACAAAAAGGACUCAACAAAGGACAGAGAGCAGAAGACUGCUGGGUCAUAUUAUUACCUGGAUGAUUGAUGUAAUUGCUGGCGGGUUUACAUGGUUUUAUUUCUUGCCGGUCUCUCUCAAAGUCAUGCAGAAAUCUAGGGCAUCAUUCUGAGUAAUUUUGCAACUCGGUAUGUUGACAAAUGAUUGGACAUCUCCUGGCGGUUGAGGAAAAAACGUUCCAUCUUUUAUCUAAUUCAGCUGCAGGCCAUUUUAGAUGCUGCUUCCCUGUGUUUUCUCUGUUAAAGUGUUUUUGGUUCACCUGUUUUGGAUAACCACAUUAGAUGAGUGAAUCUCUAAUAGUUGCUGAAAUGUAUUUGAGGAUUUGUAUUUAACUUGAUUUUCAAAAAUUUGGGGCAUAACAAAAAAGGAUGUAAAGCAUUGAGGUGAAUUUUUGUCUACCGUUAUAAUUUUAAGGUGAUGGGUUGAGCUUGUUGCAAUGGACUAGAUGAUUCCUGGGUGGCUUGUUAUUGCAGUUUGAUGGCUUAGAUGAUUUAGGUCUUGGCAUGUGAUUGGAACAGAUCAAAUCGAAAAUCAAAUGCAGAAAGUAUAAUUUGAGUAA